CUGUUCCAACUUCCGCCGGAAUCAAAUCCAUCCGAACGCGCGUCCGCGACGGCACAUCUCAGGGUCCGCCCCACCGGCCGCACCAGCAAUUCUGCAACCGACCCGACCGAAUCCAUCCUCCCCGCCAGCCAUGGCUCCCCUGCCACCGCCGCGUCCGCCUCACCGGAGCCACCGGCGAGUCCCCGCCGCCUGCUGCCUCUUCCUACUCCUCCUCGCUCUCGUUCUCCUCCCCUCCGCCGCCGCCAAGUCAUCCCGCCGCCCCAUCACCGACAACGAGAUCCGGGAGAAGAAGAGCGCCUGCUACACCGACGUCGAGAAUGGAUUGUGGGGAUGGGCGUGCAAGUCCUCGGCGACGGAGAAGGAGAACUGCGUGCUGCGGUGCCUCUCGCCGGAGUGCUACGAUCUCAUAUACGGCGGCGACCCGCUUGAGGAAGGGGAGCUGGACUACAUCCGUGGCCACGAGUACAAGUACUGCAUGCACAAGUCUUCCCUUGGUGAAAGCUUGGAUGGUGUCAAGGGUUCCUUCAGCUAUUCAUGAAGUGCAAGGAAGUAGGAAGAGUGUUCUCCGAGCCCCAUGAAUUAUAAUACAUCUGAACCUACGGUGUGUCUUUCUGUUCCACUAGUCAAACAAGCAUACAUGUAUGAAUUCUGUUAGUCAUUGUCUCGUUGAAUCCAACAUAUAUCUUCGCUAUUCAACUGGACUAAUAAUAAGGCGAGCUUAAGCAAUAUUUUGAGCAUAAUAAAUUCAGAUUUUUUUCA